AUGUCCUCUGUCUCUGACCCAGAGAAGCUGGUCAUGGCCCAAGUAGAAGGCGAAGACGACGACGACGUUUCUCCAAUCGAAGAGGUUCGUCUCACGGUCACAAACACCGACGAUCCGACCCGACCCGUAUGGACUUUCAGGAUGUGGUUCCUGGGUCUUCUCUCCUGCUCCCUCCUCUCCUUCCUCAACCAGUUCUUUGCCUACCGUACGGAGCCUCUCAUCAUCACUCAAAUCACCGUUCAGGUUGCUACUCUCCCUAUUGGCCACUUCAUGGCCGCAGUUCUACCUGAAACCAAGUUCACUCUACCCGGGUUCGGGUCCAAGUCAUUCUCCCUCAACCCGGGUCCGUUUAACAUGAAAGAGCACGUCCUCAUAACGAUAUUCGCCAAUGCUGGAAGCGCUUUCGGAAACGGGUCCCCCUACGCGGUUGGUAUCGUUAACAUUAUCAAAGCCUUUUACGGACGCAACAUCUCCUUUCUGGCUUCUUGGCUUCUCAUCAUUACUACACAGGUGCUAGGAUAUGGAUGGGCCGGACUACUGAGGAAGUACGUGGUGGAACCGGCCCAUAUGUGGUGGCCCAGCACCCUCGUCCAAGUUUCACUUUUCCGAGCAUUGCAUGAGAAAGAUGACCAACGGCUUUCACGGGCAAAGUUUUUCUUUAUUGCACUACUGUGCAGUUUUUCAUGGUACGUGAUGCCUGGUUACUUCUUCACAACGCUCACAAACAUCUCAUGGGUAUGUUGGAUAUUCUCCAAGUCAGUUACAGCUCAGCAGAUAGGGUCAGGCAUGAGGGGCCUUGGAGUUGGAGCCCUCACACUUGACUGGGCUGCCGUGGCAUCAUUCUUGUUCAGCCCUCUUAUCUCACCCUUCUUUGCCAUUGUCAAUGUUUUUGUGGGCUAUGCAGCAAUAGUCUAUGUUGUGAUUCCUAUAGCAUACUGGGGCCUCAAUGUCUACAAUGCCAAUAGGUUUCCCAUUUUCUCCUCACACUUGUUUACAGCCCAAGGUCAAAAGUACAACAUAUCUGCUAUUGUAGACAACCAUUUCGAGUUAAAUGUUGCAGAGUAUGAAAAGCAAGGUAGAAUUCAUCUUAGCGUGUUUUUCGCCCUCACUUAUGGUUUUGGAUUUGCCACCGUAGCAUCCACCCUAACACAUGUGGUCUGCUUCUAUGGAAGGGAGAUUAUGGAGCGCUAUCGUGCUUCUUCCAAAAGCAAAGAAGAUAUUCACACAAAAUUGAUGAAAAGAUACAGAGACAUACCUUCCUGGUGGUUUUAUUUGUUGCUGGUUGUGACCCUUGUGGUUUCUCUCGCACUGUGCAUCUUUCUAAACGACCAGGUUCAAAUGCCCUGGUGGGGUCUUCUCUUUGCUGGAGCCCUAGCUUUCGGAUUUACCCUCCCCAUUAGCAUAAUCACUGCCACCACAAAUCAGCACCUAAUAGUUGCGCUGAAAUUUAACUUACCUGGAAAGACCACGGAUGGUAUAGAGCGAGCUCCUAGACGAUUCAUCACACCAGGGUUGAAUAUUAUCACUGAGUAUGUCUUUGGUCUCAUUUACCCGGGAAGACCAAUAGCAAAUGUAUGCUUCAAAACCUAUGGUUACAUUAGCAUGGCCCAGGCUGUCUCUUUCCUCGGUGAUUUCAAACUUGGGCACUACAUGAAAAUCCCUCCAAGAUCAAUGUUCUUAGUUCAGUUCAUAGGUACAAUGCUCGCUGGAACCAUCAACAUUGGGGUAGCAUGGUGGUUGCUGAAUUCCAUCAAGAACAUAUGUAAUGAUGAUCUCCUUCGGCCAGACAGUCCCUGGACAUGCCCUGGUGACCGUGUAUUCUUUGAUGCAUCAGUUAUUUGGGGUCUUGUAGGACCAAAGCGUAUAUUUGGUUCUCUAGGAAACUACAGUGCAAUGAAUUGGUUUUUCCUUGGAGGUGCAUUAGGACCCAUAAUUGUUUGGCUGUUGCACAAAGCAUUUCCAAAACAGUCAUGGAUUCCACUAAUCAACCUCCCAGUUCUCCUGGGAGCAACUGGAGCGAUGCCACCAGCAACACCAUUGAACUACAAUGCCUGGAUUUUUGUUGGAACAAUUUUCAACUUCUUUAUCUUCCGUUACAGAAAGAAAUGGUGGCAGAGGUACAACUAUGUUCUGUCUGCAGCACUUGACAGUGGGGUUGCUUUCAUGACCGUCUUACUCUACUUCUCACUUGGUUUGGAAAACAAGAGUCUAAAUUGGUGGGGAAAUGAUGGUGAACAUUGCCCACUCGCAGCUUGCCCCACAGCAAAGGGCGUAAUCGUUGACGGUUGCCCUGCAAACUGGUGA